AUGUCGGCCCCACCAGCAGCGCCGUCUCUGUCUCUGUCCAUGUCGCGGUUCUCGCUGACAUCAUUCCUCGCGCGUUCUGCGUUACGUUAUUCCCAGCAACCUCCUUCGUACGAAAACGGUACGGUGCGACCGGGCACUGGGCGCGCGUCGGGUCACGAUGGUGGCGAUGGCAGGGCUGCAGGACCGGGUACCGGCGUGCCGCCGUCGCGGCCGCAGAUGCGCCGCUUUUCACGGCUCUCCCGCACCGCCGCGGCUUCCGUCGCCACCACCACCACCGCCACUAUCCCCACCACAAUCAGCACCUCUUCUGCCGCCGCGGUGUCGUUGGCCGCGCUGGUCAUUAUAUGGUUAGGCUGCCUUACUUCAAGAGCGGCAGCCGACGACGGGGAUUGGUACGACGGUCGGGCCACGUGGUACGGAUCUAUUGCAGGUGGCAACAUUAACGAAGGCUCCUGCAUGUACGGCGCGCUGCCCAACAGUCUAGUCAGCACUGGAGCCUUCAUUGUUGCCUUGAGCGACCAAAACAACGACUUCGCUGGCUCAUGCGGUCGCUGUUACGAGGUUGCCUGUAAACCAACCACCUUCACUGACGGAUACGGCGAACACAUUGACCGCAAGGACGGCUGUCUGGACCCUUCUAAGUCCGUCAUCGUCACCGUAACCGACUCAUGCCCUUGCGAUUACCCGGCCAAUGCUUACUCCAACCGCCGCUGGUGCUGUGGCGACAUGUACCACAUGGACCUAAGCGACCUGGCUUUCGGCAAGCUGGCGGAUCUGUCUCUGGGCGUAAUCGGGAUCCGGUACCGCCGUGUCGGAUGCCCGGGGGGGUUCGUACCCUCCCCACGGGAAGCAUCUGGAGAUUUCCCGGCCGGGACACGCAAGAGUCACCUCCGCCGCCUCUUUGGGCGCUGA